AUGCAACCCUCUUCACAGCUCUGUCAAGCAUUGAAUCGUGGUGAUUUACCUACAGCCCUCAAAAUCCAGUUUUUUGUAGCACCCAAAAAGGGGAAGAAACUGGGACACAGACGAAGACGUCAAUGGGACAAAAGUUGCAAGUUUUUGUUCAUUCUGGAAUCUUGUCUAUUAGCCGAGAUUAUGUUAUCCUCACAACAAGAUUAUGUUUCCUAG